AUGUCGGCGCCGCCCCCUUGGCUCUUCUCCAACAACAACACCAUCGCUGCACCUCCCAGACCGACCCCAGACCGCCGUCCUCCGGCCACCACCCAAACAGCCAUGGCUAAACAGAGUAUCAGCGCAGCCCCGGCUCCGCUGAUGGACGUCGUGGAGAAGUUUCUCAAGGACCACGCUUUUGUCGCCGCGCACAAGGCGUUCCGCGAGCAGCGCAAGGCCAAGGGCCUGGCCGCCAAGGAUAAGGACGCCGUCACCAGCGCGCCGGCGCUCGUCGACGUCUUUGAGGCGUGGCAGAAGGCUUCGACCAAGAGCGAUGACGACGAAGAUGACGACUCCGAGAGCUCAGAGAGUUCAGACAGCAGCGACAGCUCCGAUGACGACGACAGCAGCAGCAGCAGUGACGAGUCGGAGGCGGAGGAGGCUCCGAAGAAGGAGGAGCCGGCCAAGUCGCUGAAGCGCAAGGCACCGGAGAGCGACAGCUCAGACAGCGAGUCGUCUGAUUCUGAUUCGAGCUCAGACUCGAGUGACAGCGACUCCGAUGACGAGGACGACAAGAAGAAGCCCCAGGCCAAGAAGCAAAAGACUGCGACGGCACAGAAGCAUGCUUCGGAUGACAAGAUGGACGUCGACUCGGACAGCGACAGCGACAGCAGUAGCGGAUCAUCCGGCUCCGACUCCAGCUCCGACUCCAGCUCCGACUCCGACAGUGACUCGGAUAGCGACAGCGACAGUGAUAGCGAUGCCGCCUCUGAGGUUGCCAAGGCCGCCGCCGUCGCCCUCCCCGAAAGUGACUCCUCCUCCGACUCCGACUCGUCCUCCAGCUCUGACGAGGACGAAAAGCCCAAGAGCAAACCCAAGACCAAGGCGACCGCAAAGGACUCGUCCGACUCGUCCGUGACGCUCGACCGCGCCUCCCCCGUCGCCGCCGCCGAGCCUCCCCUGCCCCCCGCGCCGACCGACAAGACCAAGCGCAAGCACAACGAGCCCUUCUCCCGCAUCUCCAAGGACAUCAAGGUCGACCCGCGCUUUGCCUCUAACGAGUGGGUGCCCAUGGACUACUCGCAGCGCGCGCACGAGGACCUCAUCAUCACCAAGGGCAAGGGCUUCACGAAGGCCAAGAACAAGAUGAAAAAGGGCUGCUUCCGCGGCGGCAUGAUCGACAUCACCGAGAAGAAGGCCGUCUACUUUGACGACUAA